UACUACGUGAUGACUUCAGACAGAAUCCUGCCGAUGUGAUGGUGGCAGCGGGCGAGCCUGCAGUCCUAGAGUGUAUGCCCCCUCGCGGGCAUCCUGAACCUAGCAUAUCCUGGAAGAAGGACAGUGCCAACAUCAAUGACAGAGAUGAACGAAUCACUAUCCGGGGAGGAAAGCUGAUGAUAACCAAGGCCAAAAAAGCGACGCUCGGGAAGUAUGUGUGUGUCGGGACCAAUAUGGUGGGAGAGAGGGAGAGUGAGAUCGCUGAGCUCACUGUGCUCGAGCGACCCAGCUUCGUGAAGCGUCCCGGCAGCCAGGUGGUGCUGGUGGACCAGAGUGUGGAGUUCAGGUGUGAGGCCCGGGGUGACCCAGUUCCCACCGUCCGCUGGAGAAAAGACGACGGAGACCUGCCCAAGGGAAGAUAUGAGAUCCGUGAGGACCACACCCUGAAGAUCCGUCGUCUGACCUCUGCAGACGUGGGGUCUUACACCUGCGUGGCAGAGAACAUGGUGGGCAGGGCGGAGGCGUCGGCCACCCUCACCGUCCACGUCGUGUCUGUGCCCCCUGUGUUUGUGGUGCGGCCCAGGAACCAGGUGGUGGCGGUGGGGAGGACCGUCACCUUCCAGUGUGAGGCAACAGGAAACCCUCAACCUGCUAUCUUCUGGCAGAGAGAGGGCAGCCAGAACCUGCUCUUCUCCUACCAGCCCCCCCAGCCCUCUAGCCGCGUCUCCGUCUCCCAGACGGGGGACCUGACUAUCACAGAUGCAGAGCGCUCAGACGUGGGCUACUACAGCUGCCAGGCCCUCAACAUCGCUGGCUCUGUCAUCACCAAGGCCCUGCUGGAGGUCACUGACGAGUUUUGGCCAGACUGUGCUCCUGUCAGAGGUGGAGACUCUGUGGUGCCUCGUCUUCUCCAGGAGCCUGGCUUGGCUCUGGGCUGUUGGCUCCUGCUGGGUGACACAGGCAUCUACACAUGCAUCGCCUCCACUCCCAGUGGCGAGGCCUCGUGGAAAGCCUACCUGGACGUUCAAGAGUUUGGUGUUCCAGUGCAGCCGGCCAGACCCACUGACCCCAACCUGAUCCCCAGUGCCCCCUCCAAACCUGAGGUCACUGAUGUCACCCGCACCUCUGUCACCCUGUCUUGGAAGCCCAACCUCACAGGAGCCACACCCACCUCCUACAUCAUAGAGGCCUUCAG